AUGAAACAGGAGACACCAAGGGCAAUGAGACAAGAGACACCAAGAAACAGGAGACCACAAAACAAUGCACACAGAAACAGAUACACACAGAAACAGGAGACACAAGAAACAGAGAAAACAACGAGGAAACAGCAGACGACAAGACACAAUGAAAAAAGAGACACCAAGAAACAGGAGACACCAGGAAACAGAGACAGAGAAACAAAGAGACACCAGGAAACAGGGGACGAAACAAGAGACACAGGAAACAAGGACAGAGAAACAAGAGACACAUUUCCUGAUGAAACUGUUGCGUCUGCCCUUGACCUAAAUCAGGUCUGCUACCUGAUGGUUGUCAAAUCACGCAACGAGAACAACACGAGGAGCUUCCGGACAUCCCUCCUUCAGCGUCAACUGAGAGCGAAGACAGACGAGCGCCGUGCCCUGCGAGACGAGGUCGUGAAACUGCGAGAGGAAUGGGCAACCUUACAGCAGAGUAGCGAGCAAGACAACCCAGGGAACGAUGAAGAAACCGUCCGUCCCAGCACCAGCGAAGGAGAUGAUCGGACCCCGACAAUCCGAUCGAACCCGAACCAAAUCUUGAUGAGAAGACGACGGGACGACAACAAGAAAGAAGGGACCCUACCACAAUCUAACAGACUAGAGUUACCCGCAUAA